AUGCUUUUCAUUCAUUUAUUUAUUUUUCAAAAUUUUAUUUAUUCAUUUAAUCAUUCAAUCUAUACUUAUUCCUUCCUUAAAAUUUUCAUCUUUCUUUUUCUUUUUUCUAUUAUCUAUCCAUCUUUCCAUUUUUUCCGUUCAUUCAUUCUUUCUUUCCUCAACUCACUCUUUAUAUUUUUAGUCUCGAACUUUCAUUAUUUCAGUUUUUCAUUCAUUCAUUCAUUUAUUCAUUCUUUAGUUAUUUCAUCCAUGCUUUCAUUCUUUCUAUAUUCACUUUCUUUAAUUUCUUUUUCCACAUCUGUUUAUUUUUCAUCCGUUUUUCAUUCACUCGUUCUUUCAUUCCUUGAUUUAAUUCUUUCCGAUCAUCUAUUUUUUUUACUUUUUUUUAUUUAUUCUUUUUUCAAAUUUCAUUCUUUCAAUAUUUUUCAUUCUUUCCAUCUGCUAACUUUUCUUUCUUCCUUUUGUACACGACUUUUAUCUUCUUUCCUUUCUAUCUUUUAUUCACCCAUAUUUCAUUUUUUUUCUACACUUAUUCAUUUUUCAAAAACGUUCAUUAUUUUAAUCUUCCUUUUAUUCUUUCUUUUUCGUCGUCUUCUCUCUGUCAAACUUUCAUUCAUUCUUUCAUUUCCUUAUUCCUUCAAUUUUUCAUUCAUUCAUUCAAAAAAUUUUCUUUCACUCAUUUUUCCUCUCAGCAUUUUAUUAAUUCAAUCUUUUUAUUAUUAUUGUUUCUCCUUUCUUUCUUUUCUUCACUCCUUGUCAACAAAUUUUAUCUUUUCGUUUUUCUUUCACAUUGUUUUUCAUUCUUUCUUUCCAUCUUUUUUUUCUUCGUUCUUUCUUCAAAUCCUCAAACAGCCCGCACACCUUAGGGGAGGAGAUAGAGAGAGGCCUAAAGAUGGAAGAAUCAUUAACUUCCAAAAAUUGAUAAUGCCAUAUUCACAUUAUCUAUCUAUCUAUCUAUCUAUCUAUUUAUCUAAUUCAAUUAAUAUCUAUCUAUCUAUCUAUCUAUCUAUCUAUCUAUCUAUCUAA